AUGUUUGAAGCCAAAUUAGCUGACGGUCAAACUUUGAAGAGAAUUGUGGAAGCAAUCAAGGACUUAGUAACUGAUGUGAACAUUGAUGCUACUCCAACUGGAUUAUCACUCUAAGCUAUGGACUCUUCCCAUGUUGCUUUAGUAAAUUUGCACUUAUCUAUGGAAGGCUUUGAGAAGUACAGAUGUGAUAGAAAUCUAACCCUAGGUAUUAGCAUCACUAAUUUAGCCAAAGUCAUGAAGCUUGUGAAUGUAAAUGACUCUAUUACUUUGAAAUGUGAAGAUGAACCAACCUACUUAACUAUUGUUUGUGUGAAUUAGAAACUGGACAGAACCACUCAAUUUAAUAUCAACUUGAUUACUCUUGACUCAGAGCACUUAGGUAUCCCAGAGACUGAAUACACCUCAGAGAUCACUAUGAACUCUAAUGAAUUCUCUAAGCUUUGCAAGGAAUUGUAUGUCCUUAGUGAGACAGUUGAAUUUGAAAUUUCUUCGACUUAUGUCAAAUUUAGUGUUGAGGGAGAAGUUGGAUCAGGAAGUAUAAAGAUUCAAACAGGUGGUGGCUACAAUGGAGCUGAUGACGGUGUAACAAAAGAGGAGGAGACUGUUAAGCUAUCUUUUGCACUGAGAUACUUAAACUUGUUUAACAAAGCUUAUACUCUUUCUACUCAUGUGAAACUGUCGAUGGCUGCUGACACUCCUUUGGUUGUUGAAUAUGAAGUUGAGAUGCUUGGCACUUUGAAAUACUACUUAGCGCCAAAGAUUACUGAUGGAGGUCAAUGA